ACUGACCGGCCGGGGAUCACGGGCGGUUCGCGGCCGCGCCGGCACCGCGUGGGCCCGGGGUCCCACGGCCCGCGACACGCACGGCCGGGGGAUGCGCGCUCCGGACCGCCACUAAGCACGUUUCCACGGGCCGGCACCGGCAAGAGCCGGGUACACGCACCCACGGCCCGGGACCCGCACACCCACGGCUUCGGGGCCAUGGAACAGCAGUGCCCGGGACCCCACGCCCUGGGACCGGCACCUCCCGGGACCCCACGGCCCCCGCACACCCAGGACCGGUGCCUCCCAGCACCCAUGGCCCCAGAACUGGCACCUCCCGGGACCCCACGGCCCCCGCACACCCCGGACCGGUGCCUCCCAGCAGCCAUGGCCCCAGAACUGGCACCUCCCAGGACCCCACGGGCCCGCACACCUGGGACCGGCACACCCCGGACCCCACGGGCCCCGCAUGCCCGGGACCAACACCUCCUGGGACACCGCGGCCCCCGAACACCUGGGUUUGGCACCACCCGGGACCCCACGGCCCCCCCAGGACCAGGCCUGGCACCUCCCAGAACCCCACGGCCCCAGGACUGGCACCACCAGGGACCCCAGACCCGGGGACCAGCACAUCCCAGGACCCCACAGCCCCUGAACUUCCAGAACUGGGACCUCACAACCCCGCACACCUGGGAUGGGGACCUCACUGCCACCGCACACCCGGGACUGGCACUGCCUGAGACCCCACAACCCUGGGACCAGCACCUCCCAGGACUGGCACCUCCUGGGACUCCACAGCUCCCACACAUCCGAGACUGGCACCUCCCAGAACCCCCAUGGCCCCCACACACCCGGGACAAGCACCACCCAGACCCCACGGCACCCAAACACCCAGACUGGCACGUGGGACCCCACGGCACCCACACACCCGGGACCGACACCACCUGGGACCCCAUGGCCUCCACACAGUCAGGACCAGCACCACCUGGGACCCCACAGCCCUGGGACCAGCACAACCUGGGACGCCACGGCCCCACACACCUGGGACUGGCAGCUCCUGGGACCCCACAGCCCUGGGACCAGCACAACCUGGGACGCCAUGGCCCCACACACCCAGGACCGGCAGCUCCUGGGACCCCACAGCCCUGGGACCAGCACAACCUGGGAUGCCACAGCCCCACACACCUGGGACUGGCAGCUCCUGGGACCCCACAGCCCUGGGACCAGCACAACCUGGGAUGCCACAGCCCCACACACCUGGGACUGGCAGCUCCUGGGACCCCACAGCCCUGGGACCAGCACAACCCGGGACCCCACAGCCCCACACACCUGGGACUGUCACCACCUGGGACCCCACAUCCCCACACACCCAGGACCAGCAGCACCAGUGACCCCACGGACCCGGGCCCAGCACAAUCCGGGACCCCACGGUCCCACACACCUGGGACCGGCACCAUGGCCCCGGGACCAGCACUGUCCGCAUUCCCAUGACCUGGAACACGCCCACCCAGGACCAGUGCCAGGGCCCAGGCACUGACCUCCCCGUUUAAGCCGAUUACCUGAGGCUCCGGAGAAUCCACGAUCAUUAAUAGCUGGCAGCGGAGGCAGCCAGUGCGGGGCUGGGGAGCUGGGGGCAAUCUGGGGGGGGCUCCACGCCCCUUCCCACCACCGGGCACUUGCCGUCGGUCGGUCCAUCCCACCAGAUCGAUCGGCCUCGUCCACCCAUGGCCGCCCUCUUCACCGGGAAGGUCCUGAUGGCCAACCGGGAGCGGGAUGAGGUGGAGACGGAGCGGGAGCUGGGCUUGGCGCUGGAGAACAAGGUGCUGCUGCUCUACUUCGGAUCCGGGCAGUGCCCGCGGUGCCGGCAGUUCUCCCCGCUCCUCAAGGAUUUCUUCCUGCGGCUGACCGACGAGUUUUACGUGGCACGAGCUUCGCAGCUGGUCCUGGUGUACGUGUCCUGGGACGAGACGGAGGAGCAGCAGAGCGCUUUCCUGAGGACCAUGCCGAAACGCUGGCUGGCCGUACCUUUCGGGGACGCCCUCAAAAGGGAGCUGGAGGUGCGCUUUGCCGUGUCCGAGGUGCCCGCCGUGGUGGUGCUGAAGCCGAACGGGGAGGUGAUCGUCGGCAACGCCGUGGAACAGAUCCAGCGCCUGGGCCCCGCUUGCUUCCGAAACUGGCAAGAGGCUGCUGAGCUGGUAGACAGAAAUUUUCUCUUGGCAGAGGAUUUUGAUGACUGGGCCAGGAGAAGCAUCACCGACCCCAUCCGCCGCCUCAAGUACAAGCUGGACAAGAAGACGACGGAGGCGAAGAACAAGGAAGGGAAAGAGGAAGGCGAAGAGUCGUCUUAGGGGCUCAGGAGGUUGCGGCUGCGCGGGCUGGCUUGGCCGGGGACGUCCCUCAGGUCGCUGUCCCUACCCGACGACUCCCCGGCAGCAACGUCUCUCUGUAUUGUAGAAGUCCGCUAAAACCACGUUAGUUGUCCAAAAGGUGAAGUAUUUUAAGGCAAACGCGCUCUCCUCCCAUGCACAGCUUUUCAUGUCUGGAAAAUCGGGUAGCGUAGGCAGGAUAUUCCGCCCCUGACCGAAUUACGUUUCCUUUUUAUCGCCCUAGGACCCGGCAUAGUGAAAAAUCUCACGGUCAUGUCUUUGUUAUGUAUUUACCAAAAAAAAUAAGAAGUACCUGGUAGAGAUGGGCACUCAGCAAACGACUCACUAAACAGUUUUAAAAAUGAGAACUGCUUUUAAAAACCCCCGCAGCGUGCCCCAGCGCUGCCGUGGAGGUACAGAGAAGCCGUGGCAAACGACAACACGAACAGAAUCCCUAUGAAAAGCCAAUACAGGUUUCUUUUUUCAGGAGACAGACACCCACACACUACGUGAGCAAGUCCCAAGAGAUCUCCCACGUCGCUGCUCACCUUACACCGCUAAAAAUCGACGUUUCGGACAAAUCCUGCCCAGGAGCAGGUUGUUCCGUGACCGGAAUGACAACGUGCAGCAGCUGCCCCGGUGACCUGCCUCUCCGAGCGCGAGCCGCCUCUCUUUAUCUGCUAAUCGCGGUUGCCAUCUGCUGCCGCGGAGUGCCCGGCGCUGGAGGCAGCAGCAAUCCGCCGGGAAGCCGUGUCCCAUCCCGGGUGGAAGAUCUGCCUGUCCUGACCUACCGCGGCAAGCAGCGGACGGGUAAACCGCCAGCACGCGUCUUUAAUAAACAUCCCUCCGCUCCGUCCUUUCGAAUUCAAGACUGGCAGGGAGGCGAGACUCUGAACGGCCGAGAGGCGCCGCGCUCCGUAGCCAAAAAUUCGAUUUACGGAGCGCGCGUCUGCGCGCAUCCCCCGCUUUCCGUAAUCAGGGGGUCUGAGAAGCGGGAGAAGGGGGAAAGGCACCGUUCGCUUGCUCCUUUCUGUUCUCUGCUGUAUCGCCGGGAGGCGAGCGGAGGAUUUCCAAAAGCUUUGCUGGACCCAUGAAGGAUCUGGGAAGGAAAGCGAAGACAGAGGCUGUGCGAGGCCGGCUUGUUCAACUUGUUGUCUCAGUUCAUCCUCCCUCUCUUCACCCAGCAGGUCUGACAGGUAGAGGAGGGAAGGGAGGAGGAGAAGCCCUGCGGGAGGGACCCGGUGUUAGGUGGAACAAGAAGGGCAUUCCCUGCAGGAUGCCCUGCGGCGCAGCGGCACCGCGGGAAAAGGCGCAAAGCAAACCCAAAAGCGCUGGCGGGUGACAUACCCGCUGCGGGAGUGAGGCUGUGCCGGCUGGCGGUCACUAGUGGAACGAUAUCCCGCUGGCCUCGGGCGGUGUCCGGCAGUGGGUGCGCCUGUAUUGAAAUAAGAAGUUUUUAUAAAUCACAAAUCGGGAACGCGGAGCAAUGGGAGGGAGGCAAAGGGCACCAUUUCCACCUGUUAUUAACGGGCAGACGGGUGCUGCUUCUCCUCCCCACAUCAACAAAAGGGCACUCCUCACCUAAAUUUAUGAAAACUCAGAAAUAUUAAACGUUGCCUUUUACCAGCCCUACCCAUUUCUUUUUUUUAACCACCGAAUUUUCUGUUCAAGACCUCAAUUUGCCCUUUUCUCCCUUGUUGUGGGGAAGAACAACAGGCCAAGGGAGGGUUGCUGAGCAAUAGCAAAUCUGCCAGCACGGGACAGUGCGGCCGUGCCUUCAUCACCAUCAUCCCCGUACGGAGAAACAAGUGCUUUAGUUCCUCUUCUUGCUUUUCUGGAUUAGUUUUUCCCCCAGUAGAAGAAGCCGUAAUGCUUAUGGGCGUACUUUAGGCACCAGCAUGAGGCGGAGCCGCUCUUUUCUUGUAACUCACAAAGCUCGGCGAUAGGCGGGGAAGCCAAGAAGCGAAAUCUCCAAGCUGCGCGCGGGCAGGAGCCGCUCUGCAGGUCUGAGAACGAGGGGAGGCAGAUGCUCGACCUGGCGAGCGAACGCAGCAUUGCACCUCACGCCGGCUGCGAGGAGGGGAAAAACCCUACAACCCGACAGCCACACGCUUUUAUUUCCCCGUCUCGAGUUCCGUCGGAGAUGAAAUCCCUCCCGAUGGAUGGAUGCGCUGCAGGUCGGACGUUUAGCUCUGCUUUCAUGUGUGGGGCUUAUGAUUUACAUGUAUAGAACACAGAACAAAGGGCAUGUGAAUGCUUAGGGCAGUAUCUAAGUGCAAAAUAAUCCCUUUCUGGUAGAUUUAUUUUUUUAAACACGCUACCUUACAGUUGGUCUGCGUAAAUCUUGCUUUACCUUUUCCCUACGCCACGC